AUGGCUUUUCUCUUUGGUCGAAAUCGCCAGCGGUCAGCACAUGACAUGGUAAAGACCACAAAGGAGCUUCUACUUCGACUACCAAGAGAGCAACAAGAUGGUUCUUCGGCCAAGACUGAAGAGGAGCUCUCCCGUACACUAUCCCUUAUGAAAACCUCACUGCAAGGCACACCCGAAGCAGAAACCACACCCGACGCCAUUCUGCAGCUCGUGUCAGCCAUCCUCUCGGAGUCGUUGCUCCCACCGCUCAUCGAUGCCAUCGCAAUCCUCCCCUUCGAAGCCCGCAAGGACACCCAGACGAUCAUCUCGAAUGUUUUCCGCUUUAGAAGUCCGGGGAGCACCUCGAGUGAGCCGGAUGCUUUGCGGGAAGUCGUGCGCCAGCAGCCUGAGAUUGUCGUCUCGCUCUGCAUGGGUUACGACAAGCGAGAGAGUGCUAGCGCAUGCGGCGGUAUAUUGAAAGAGGCGUUGAAAUGGGAUGCUGUAGCUGCAGUCAUCUUAUACGACGAGCCAAGUGAGGAUGGAAAGGCGGUGGAUAUCUACAACGAUGUGGACGUGACUGCUCCAUCCUCGRGCAACGGCGUCUUCUGGAAGUUCUUCACUUGGAUUGACAAGUCCUCGUUCGAGGUCUCGGCCGACGCCUUCGACUGCUUUCGUCUGAUCCUGACGAAACACAAGAACGUGGUGUCUCAGUUCAUAUCGACAAACUUCGACAUGUUUUUCCAGAAAUACAACGAUAUCCUGAUCAAAAGUGAAAGUUAUGUCACAAAGCGGCAGAGCAUCAAAUUACUGGGCGAGGUCUUGUUGGACAGGCAAUUCUACGAGUGCAUGUGUCGGUACGUCGAGAGUGGGGACAAUCUCAAAUUGGUCAUGUGGCAAUUGAAAGACGAUAGAAGAAUGGUGCAGUAUGAAGCGUUCCAUGUAUUCAAGAUUUUCGCGGCGAAUCCCAACAAAUCUCUCGAAGUACAAAAGUUCCUCAUUAUGAACAAACAGCGACUGUUGAAAUUCUUGCCAAAGUUUCUGGAAGACCGGACGGAUGAUGAUCAAUUCAACGACGAAAAAGCCUGGCUUGUCAAAGCGAUCGGAAACUUGCCAGACUCUACCAGCGCUAUCAGGGCUCCGAACGGCGGGACCACGCAGAGCCCCGGGACGAACGGAGUGCAAACGGGACAAGUGAGGUCUUGA